CUGAACCGGACCCGGGUUCUUUUUCUUUUUUCUUCAAAAGCCAAAAAACGUCAUGAAUAUUCACUGAGUGAGCUUCGCCGUCAUUGCACCUGCCACUCGUGACUGCUGUCUAGUUCCGACAAAAAGAAAGAGCGUCAAGUGUCUCCUCGCCACAGCAACAACCGUUCCACUCUUUCCUUCUCUUAUUUCAUUCUUGUACCGAACCCUCAGUACUUUUCUUCCCCAUCAAUACCCAGCUGCUCGCAUCUUCUCCAAGAUUCUGGUUGCUUGUUUUUAUCGACGCAUAUCCAAAGACGGUUCCACACAUUUGACGCGACUAUAGGACUAAGAACAUUGACUUUCGAUCCAAGUGCGUCGAAACAUGAGUUCCCAAGUCAGCAAUACCGAUAUGGAACGCCUUUUCGAAGAGGCAUGGAGCAAAAGCUGGUAUGCCCGCUACAGAUGCGCUCGGACGAACUUUGCAGGCACCUGGAUGGGGCCCUCUGUUCCCGUCGAGAUCGUUGACCUUUGGAAACGUCGCGACUGGUUGGACCUACUCCGCGGAACCGGUGGAGUUCCGACCGCCAAUACUUACCGCGUCAUCAUCGAGGCCUUGAAGACCAUGCCCGAGUUCGAGAAGGAGAUAACAGGCCACCUGUGUGGAUCCGUUCCUAUGGAAGAUAUGCCAUUGCGCGACAGGCCGGAUGGGCCAUACUGGGGCGCCACACGCGCUUGCAACGUACUACAUAAGGAUGUACUCGAUUUUGAGUCCCAGGCUGUCAAGGACAGGACUUUGAGUGGCCUCUACGUCGGUCCAUACGCUACCGCACCAGGGAGCGGCGCCGACACUUUGAAGGACGAGCCUCCCGUUACAAUCGUUCCGGUUUCCGAAGAACAAUAGAUCCCGCCGGGUCAACCUUUUUUUUUUUUCUCGCUCACGCGGAUAUUCAGUCCGCCAACUACGGCUUAGUUGCCAAGCUAGUGAAGAUCAGUGAGCGGACAACAGGCAACAUCAACUCCAACCAGUGGGAGCAGCUAUUAAGCUUUGACCCAAAGUAUGGAUUCGGCAACAUUGGCGGAUUUAUCGUCUUGUCAUGGCAAUGAACAAAAACGAGGAAGCAUGUCGUUCCUCAUCAGGGCUACAAGAAGAUCUUGGAACACUCUUCAGAACGCUUCCAGCAUCUUCAUUAGAGCUCGUGGAAAGCCUACUUGUAUAAGACAUCGAAGGAGUGGUGGUUACAGUUAGGUUUGAAGAAAGAACUUCACCU